UGUCUGCCUGUCUGUCUUUGUCUAUGUAAAUACAUACCAAUUUUAACUAUCAGUCAAUUUUCACUCACAUUCUUUUACAGCUCUCACUGCAAAUCAUCUUUGUUAUUUGUUAGGAGUGACAACGCAUAAAAGUCGGAUACACAGCAGUUACGUCAGUUAAGAAAUUUAUUUAUCCAAGAAGCCUCUUCAGUAUAAAUUCCAAUAUACGAAUUUCUAUUUUACAUUGAUGUUUUAAUAACAAUAAUAUAUAUUAUAACGACAAUGGAAAAAAGUCCUUACCGGUCGACUGUCAGAAAAUUUUCAGGCGUCAGGAAGCAUCCUGCAUGGAUUAACACUCUUCAAACUCCAAUAGUCUUGGAGAGUGGGGUAGGAACAUUAUGUUCCCAUGAAAGUGUUUCUAAGAUAAAAAAUGCUAACCAAAACGAAAAGAAAGAAAUACGAGGUUUGAAUGACAAACUUGCCAGUCACAUUGAAAGGGUGCGUUUCUUAGAGGCUGAGAACACAUAUUUUAGGGAUCUCUUAUGGAAAAGCAACUACUGCUUAAAUAUUGGCAUAAUCAAGAAUUCGUAUCAUGCUGAGAUGGACAUCUUGAAAGCAGACAUACGGAAGAAGGAUGUUAAACUUACGGCCUUACAAUCUAAAGGGGAAUCGCUUGCAGAAGAAGUUGAUUAUUUGUGCGCUCAGACGAAUCAUCUGCAGGACAGAAAUGAUAAAAUGGGGCACGCUGUUAACGGGUUGCAUGAUGACGUUUCCCGACAAAUUUCAGACACCGAAACAUUCAGAAAGAGAGCAAAUUACCUCGAAAAACAACUUGCUCGCUCGAAAGAGAAAUAUGUCCAGCUAGCGAAUGAAAUUAAACCACUUACAUCGGUAAAUUGA